AUGAACACUUCAUCUGCAGCAGGGGGUCCAGCGGAAGCAGCCCCCGCGAAGUACAUCCCCCCACAUCUCCGUCGCCAGCAGCAGCAGCAGCAGCAGCAGCAACAGCAGCAGCAGGGACCAGGAGCUUCAGCAGCAGCAUCCGCAAGCUCCCCCGUUGGCUCUGUGGGUGGCGGUUAUCCUUCCUAUCCUUCUGCAGGAGGAAGCACUGGAGGGGGCGCCUGCACAGGGGCCCCUCGUAUGGGUUCAGGGGCUCUAGGUGCUGUGAAUGGACGGCGAAACCUGCAGGGGGCUUCUCCUGAAGGCCGCAGUCGCUUUAGUUGUUUAGCUGAGCGGCCUUCUCCUGUGAACGACUUCAAUAGAGGGCCGCAUGCAGACGCAAGAGGGGGAGGUGGAGGGGCCCCUCCUGAAGGGCACAGCAGCAGCAGUUCUCGUGGAGGCGGUGGUGCGGGUUCAGGCAGCAGCAGCAGCAGCAACUGGGGCGGAGGAGCGGGGAGGCCCCCUCGAGCCAGUCAGACAGGAACAGGGUGGGAUGUAAGGGAUGGGCGAUCUUAUAGACCUGAGAGAGCCGACGAUGUGUUUAGCCCCGAAAAACAACAGAGUACUGGUAUUAAGUUUGAUGCUUAUGAUAAAGUGCCUGUGGAGUUAAAGGGGAGAGGGUCUGAGAAGAUAUUACCGGUAGAGUCUUUUGAAGAGGUUGGAUGCAAGUUCUCACCUCUUUUAAUGGAGAACGUUGCGAGGGUUAAUUAUAGCCGCCCAACUCCUAUUCAGAAGAACUCUAUUCCUACUAUUCUAGCGGGAAGAGAUCUUAUGGCUUGUGCACAAACAGGCUCAGGCAAGACAGCAGCAUUCUUAUAUCCUAUAAUAGCUCAAAUGCUACAGACGGGUCCCCCAGCUCUCCCAGCUAGCGAAAGGGGUUCAACUAGUGCAUACAGGAGAAGCGUCUUCCCUGUUUGUCUUGUUCUCUCUCCCACCCGAGAACUUGCAAUGCAAAUCUAUCAAGAGGCACGCAAGUUCCAGUUUGGUACGGGUAUUCGAACCGUUCCUGUCUAUGGAGGGUCUCAGAUUAAGCGGCAACUCAUGGAUUUAGACGCAGGCUGUGAUAUUUGCGUAGCAACACCAGGGCGUCUUGCUGAUGUUCUUGAGAGGCGCAAGAUUCGUCUUGCAUUGGUGCGUUACUUGGUACUGGAUGAAGCGGAUAGAAUGCUGGAUAUGGGUUUUUUGCCUCAAAUAAAGUCAAUAGUUGACGAUUUCGACUUACCGCCUUGCCCUUCACCAGGCAGUGUUUCGGAAGAAGGAGCUGGAAGGGGGAGGCAGACGAUCAUGUUUUCUGCAACAUUUCCGAAGGAGAUUCAAAUGCUAGCGAAGGAUUUCAUGCAUGAUUAUAUUUAUUUAGCUGUUGGCCGCGUGGGCAGCACAAAUGAAUUUAUUCGACAGCGACUAUUGUACGCGGAUGAAGAUCAGAAGAUAAAGUUGUUGGUAAAUCUAUUGCGGGAAUCGGAAAAGGGUUUAGUAAUAGUUUUUGUUGAGACGAAGAAGAAAGCAGACAUGAUUGAAGAUUACCUUUUAAACGAAACCUUCCCAGCUAUUUCUAUUCAUGGAGAUAGAACACAAGAAGAACGCGAAGAUGCACUAAGACAUUUCAAGUCAGGACAUAGGCCGAUCUUAGUAGCCACCGAUGUAGCGGCCCGCGGCCUUGAUAUCUCAAAUGUUAAACAUGUCAUUAACUACGACUUACCUUCAAACAUCGACGACUACGUACACCGCAUAGGUCGUACAGGCCGUGCGGGAAACCUCGGCUUAGCUACAUCCUUUGUCAAUGAACAGAACAGACCUAUUCUCAGAGAUUUGCUGCAUCUUUUAGAAGAGGCAAAUCAGGAAAUACCAGGGUUUCUACACCCCCUCGUCGUAUCCUGCACCUCUUCCUCGUUGCGGCUUGGCGGCCGGGGAGGCUUCGGUCGCAUGGCUAGCAGCAGCAGCAGCAGCAGAUUCGGUGGAGGCGCAGGCGGCUCAUUCAGCCGCACCUCUGCUCCUUCAGGUUCUUACUCCAUUGGCGGAGGAGGCCGCAUGACAGGGGCUUCAGAUUGGCGAUCAGAGGCCACAGGCAGACCUACUGGCUUCUCAGCAGGCAUUGGGUUUGCUGCUGAACGCACCGGGCCUGCGCGGGACGCGUGGUAG